AUGGUUCGCUUCACGGUUUCAGCUGCCGCGGCCGUGCUCGCCUUCUGCUCCCAGAUCAAUGCCACUCCUGUGAACGUUCGACAAGAAGAGGAAGUCCACCCCAUCGGCUUCGACGAGAGCUUCGCCCGACGUUUCCCCGCCGGCGCCGCCGUCCCUAAGGUCCAAACCCUCAACAUCGAUGAGCUCGUCCACAACUCCACUGAGGCCCCUGGAUUCACGCCUUUCCCUUUCGAAACCGAGGCCGGCGAGGUAGACAAGCGCUUUAUCAUUGGCGCCGACGACCGCCACCUUUGGAACGAUCCCAACUAUCCCUUUAUUGCAGUCGGCCGGCUGCUAUUCUCCAACGGCGUCUUUUGCUCCGGUGCGAUGAUCGGGCCCCGCCUUGUCCUUACGGCCAGGCACUGCUACGUUGAGGGCGUCCCCGGCGUCUUUGCCCCGGGCUAUGAUAACGGUAACCGUUACGGCGAGGCGCAGCUCACCAACGUCCUCUUUACUACCGGCCAGGAACCCGCCUCUGCCUGUGAUACCAAGGGAGAUUGGGCCAUAUAUGCUCUCGAUCAGCACCUCGGCGACCGUGUUGGAUACUUUGGUGCUAAGCUACCCGACCACAGCAUGCUGGACCAGCCUAAGUUCUUCCAUAUUGGCUAUCCGGGCGACAAGGACGGCGGCCGCCGCCCGUAUCGCCAGACCGAUAUCACCAUCCACUCGAAGCCUCGCACAUUCGACUGUGACUCAACUGGCCCCAUCUGGACCGAUGCUGACACAAUGGGCGGUCAGUCCGGCGGUCCCCUCUGGGAACUUGAUGGUAGUGGUAACCGGUGGAUUUGGGGCACCCUGUCUGUCGGUGUACAGAGCUCUACCGAAGCUUAUUCUGGCUUUGCUUCCGGCAACAACAUGGUCGACGGAAUCAUUUACAUGCGCAAUCAGUUCCCUUAA